AUAAAUCCGAAGAAGCAAUUUUUUUUUUUUUUUAACAGCCAUCCGUGGACGCUGAUGUGAAGUUUUAACGAGAUGUCAGACGGCUUCCUGUUGGAGGUGUGUGUAGACUCCGUUGAGUCAGCCAUAAAUGCAGAAAGGGGAGGUGCUGGUCGUAUUGAGCUGUGCUCUAAUCUGCUGGAGGGAGGGACAACGCCCAGCACUGGUCUGUUGCAGGUGGUCAAAGAGAAUGUGCGUAUUCCAGUGUAUGUGAUGAUUCGCCCCCGUGGCGGGGACUUCCUGUACUCAGACUGGGAGGUGGAGGUUAUAAAGAGGGACAUUGAACAGAUGAAGAAUCACAGAGCAGAUGGGCUGGUUUUUGGAGCACUGACAGAAGAUGGACGUGUGGAUACCGCGCUCUGCAUGGAACUUCUGGCGGCUUGUCGACCUCUACCAGUUACUUUUCACAGAGCUUUUGAUAUGGUCCAUGAUCCAGUGGUUGCCUUAGAAGCUCUGGUCUCCCUGGGCUUUGAGAGGAUUUUGACCAGUGGUUGUGACAGCUCUGCACUAGAAGGUUUACCUGUUGUUAAACGAUUGGUGGAACAGGCAAAAGGCAGAAUAGUAAUAAUGCCAGGGGGAGGAAUUACAGAACGAAAUCUUCAGAGGAUUCUUGAAGGUUCCGGGGCUCAGGAAUUCCACUGUUCUGCUCGCUCCUGCAAGGACUCCACUAUGAAAUUCAGGAAUUAUAAUGUGAAUAUGGGAGGUUCUAUCUCUGUACCAGAAUAUGCUGUAAAAGUGGCCGAUGUGACUAAAGUGCGUACACUGAACGCCAUUGCAAGGAACACGCUAUAAGAUGUGGAAUGCCAUUAAUUAUGUCUUCGGAAACCAACGUGCCCUCUACAGUUUUACAAGACGAAUUGACUGGUUAUUACUAUAUAUAUAUAUAUAUAUAUAUAUAUAUGAUCUGUCAUAAGGUAGACAACAGCUCACUAUCUUUUUCCUGCUGCUGUUAAUAAUUUCUUUCUCAAAUUAAAAUGCCAGCAAAAAUUGUUUUUAAUUAAUUAUUGUCUCUGUCAUGUUUUUCCAUGUGAGUGGGUCUUCAGAAUAUUGUAGUUAAAUAUCUUGCAUUUUUCUGUUAAACCAGUGUUAAUCACAAACAGAAACUAAAAGCACAAUCAACAAAGCCCAAAAAUUGUGUUGGCUACAGAGUGGGCAGAGCGCGCGCUAUUGACAUCAACUCGAUAAAACUCAUCAGAUUCAUGUACAUGUUGUCUUGCGACCGUGUGAGGAAUAAAAAUAACAUAAUAGUAAUACAAUUCACCCUCCUCCACUUCAGGUGAAGGUGGGGGAGAAAAGUCCUCGACUUCAAAAGACCGCUCCGUGGCAAAGCUACUUGCGUCACUCCAGUCACUCUCCAUUUUAGAGUCUGACAGCAGCUGUCAAUUAAUCCGUCACUACGGGUCUCAGGUGCAUGCCCCCCCCCCGCUCAGCCCCGCCCUCGGUUCGUCCCCUCUAUCCCCGCUGGGGUCUGCCCACUUUUCCAGCAUUUUUCAAAUAUUGCUAGUGGGUGGAGUCAGACUCUGAGCAGGGGUUUAGUUACCCUUUAAUUUUAUUAACUCCUCGCUAUGCUUAGGACAUGUCCCAAGAAACUUUAAAAUGGCAGUUAUCAAACCACUUAUGAAGAAGCCACAACUUGAUCCUGGAGAACUGGCUAAUUAUAGACCGAUUUGAAAUGUCCCGUUUACCAUCCAACCUGACAGACCUGGAGAGGAUCUGCAAGGAGGAAUGGCAGAGGAUACCCAAAUCCAGAUGUGAAAAACUUGUUGCAUCUUUCCCAAAAAGACUCAUGGCUGUAUUAGAUCAAAAGGGUGCUUCUACUAAAUACUGAACAAAGGGUCUGAAUACUUAGGACCAUGUGAUAUUUCAGUUUUUCUUUUUUAAUAAAUGUGCA